AGUGCUGAAGGCUGGGAGGAAGUGUUAGGAAUAGGCUGAGAAUGGCUAUGUGGAGUUGCCCUUCUCGCCCUGCCAGGCUGCAGGAUGUCGUCCAUGUUUCACUCCAGCUCAUCCCAUCCUCCCAUGGGACAGGGAAGGGAAAUGGCUGCCGAGGAGCCAGUUCAGGGGCCGGUGACCUUCAAGGAGGUGGCUGUGUAUUCUCCCAGAGAAGAGGGGGCUCUGCUGGACCCCACACAGAGAGCCCUCUACAGGGGUGUCAUGCAGGAAAACUAUGAGACGGUGACCUCGCUGGAGUUUCCAGUUUCCAAACCUAAUGUCAUUUUGCAGCUGGAACGAGGGAAAGAGCUGUGGGUCCCAGAUCUCCAAGUCUUUGAGAAAGAAGAGCUCCCGAGAGCUGCCUACACAGGCGCAGGGAGUGAUCUACGUCUGGAUUCUCUCUGUCUCCCAUCAGGUGAUGGGAUGGUGAGUGAUAACGAGGAGGAGAAACCUCAGCAGGAAGAUGCUGAGCAAGUAGAAGCACAUGGGACAUUAUCAGGAAGAUCCAAAGGGAAUGUUUCCAGGAUUUGUGCGCGCCUAGAAAAAGCAAAAGCCUGUGAGACUGAGCAGAGGUCAGAAGAAAACUUCAGUAGCUUCUCAGACCUUAUUUCAAGUGAGAGAAUCAAUUCGGAAGACACACGUUACACAUGCCAUGAGUGCGGGAAAUGCUUCAAUUGGAGUUCAUACCUUAUCAGACAUCAGAUAAUCCACACAGGAGAGACUCCCCACACAUGUUCUGAGUGUGGGAAAAGCUUCAAUCAGCGCUCAAACCUUAUCACACAUUGGAGAAUCCACACAAGGGAGAAGCCCUACACGUGCACUGUGUGUGGGAAAGGCUUUAGUGAGCACUCAAACCUUAUCACACAUCAGAGAAUCCACACAAGGGAGAAGCCCUACACGUGCACUGAAUGUGGGAAAAGCUUCAAACAGCGCUCACACCUUAUCACACAUCAGAGAAUCCACACAGGAGAGAUGCCUUAUAGGUGCACUGAGUGUGGGAAAAUCUUCAAACAGAGCUCAAACCUUAUCACACAUCGGAGAAUCCACACAGGAGAGACGCCAUACACAUGCUCUGAGUGCGGGAAAAGCUUCAAUCAGCGCUCAAACCUUAUCACACAUCAGAGAAUCCACACAGGCAAGACGCCCUACACGUGCUCUGAGUGCGGGAAAAGCUUCAAACAGCGCUCAGACCUUACCACACAUUGGAGAAUCCACACAGGAGAGACGCCCUACACAUGUUCUGAGUGCGGGAAAGGCUUUAGUGAGUACUCAAAUCUUAUCAGACAUCGGAGAAUCCACACAAGGGAGAAGCCCUACAUUUGCACUGAGUGCGGGAAAAGCUUCAAACAGCGCUCACACCUUAUCACACAUCAGAGAAUCCACACAGGAGAGACGCCUUUCACAUGCUCUGAGUGUGGGAAAAGCUUCAAUCAGCGCUCAAACCUUAUCACACAUUGGAGAAUCCACACAAGGGAGAAGCCCUUACACAUGCUCUGAGGGAAAAGCUUCAAUCAGCUCUCACACCUUAUCAAACAUCAGAGAAUCAACAUAGGUGAGAAACCUUAUGCUGACCUGCACAACUCGUAAAGCGGUAAGGGCCACGUUACUCCAAAGAAAACAGCUGAGGGCCGAAACCUCCCAGCUCUGUAGAAACACCCCGCCCCAGGGCUGCCCAGCCCUGCGGAAGUAAACCCUCCCCCAGUGCCAUCCCACCAGAACAGCGGUGGGCCAAAAAGGAAGGUUGGGGGAGGGGAGGUGAUACUUUAUUUCAGGGAUCGGCAGCCUAUGGCACGCGUGCCAAAGGUGGCAUGCGAUCCAAUGUUUAAUGGCACGUGGCUGCCUGCUGGGAGUCCGCAUUCCAUUAAAAAUCCUGCCAAUGCAGCAAGUUGCGGGGUCCGCAGUCCCAGGCCGGAGUGCUGGCCCGAGCGCAGCAAGCCGCUGCCACCUCCCCUGCCUUCCCCUAGAGCCUUGUCGCUGCACGCGCAGCGCUCUGGGGGCUGGGGCUAGGCACUCUUGUGGGGCAGCGUUUGGCUCUGUGGGGAGGGAAAGACGCUCCCAGCUCAUCUGGAGCCCUGCUGUCGCAUGUGCAGCGCUCUAAGGGUCAGGGUAGGGCUGGUCUACGCGCACAGGGGCGGCGGUGGCAGGGUUCCGGUUGAGUGGGGAGCCUCAUAGUAAGGGGGUCAGGUCUGGGGCCAGCGGGGGGGGGGUUGGGUAAAGGGUGGGGGCAGUCAAGGGACAGGGAGAAGGGUGGGUCCUGGGGGAGCAGUUAGGGUGUGGGAAGGUCUCUGGAGGGGGUGGUCAGGAGACAAGGAGCUGUGAGGGGUUGGAUGAGUCAGGAGUUCUGAGGGUUCCUGUCAGGAGGCAGGGGUGUGGAAAGGGGUUGGGGCAGGCAGGGAGCGUGGGGGGGGUUGUAUGGGUCUGGAGUUCUGAGGGUCCUGUCAGGGGGUGGGGAGCAGUUAGAUAGGCGUGGGAGUCCAAGGGUCUAUCUGGGUGUGGGGGUGUGGAUAAGGGUUUGGGCAGUCAGGGGACAGGUAGGGGGUAGGUUUCUAGGGGGGCAGUCAGGGGAUAAGGGGCAGGGGUCCCAGGACGGGGUAGUCAGGACAAGGAGUGGGGGAGUUGGGGGUUCUGAGGGGCAGUGACUCAGCCCUCUGCCCUGAGCCCUGACCCCCUCCCCACACACUCAGCCCUCUGCGCUGAGUCCUGCAUCUCCAGACACCCACAGGCCCCUGUCCUGAGCCCUGUACCACCCAGCCCUCUGUUGACUCCUUGACCCCCCCAUGACCCCAGCCCUGACUGGCACCCCCACACAUACCCAGCCCCCUACCCUGACACCUGCACCCCCUAAUGCCCCCAGUCCUCUGCCCUGACUCUUGCACCCCCUACAUCCUCAGCCCCCCCAUCCCAUGUACCCUGCACAUCCCCACCCCCACCCUGAGCACCAAACGGAGCCCCUGCACCACCACUCACAUUCCCACCUGCACCCCUCACACCACAUGGGAGCUGCCCAGGUGAAUGCCCCCACACCCAAACCUCCUGCCCCAAGCCUGAUCCCCCCUCCUUCAUUCUAGCUCCUGGUCAGACCCUUCUCCCUUAACCCUGGUCCACUCCCACCCUCAGCUCAGUGCAGAGAGAGGAAGAGAGUGGGCCAGAACCAGGGAGAAGGUAGGUCCCCACUGUAUGGGACCUCAGACGGGCACCAGGCUGAGCGGGUCUGGCAGUUGGGAUCCCGGCUGGCAGGAGCCGGCGUGUCAUAAACGGAUAGUUAAGAGUUAAUAGAACAGAAGUACUUCAUAUCUCUUUUGCCUGUAAAGGGUUAACAAGAUCAGUGAGCCAGGCUGUCACCUGACCAGAGGAUCAAUCAGGGGACAGGAUACUUUCAAAUCUUGAGGGUGGGAAGUUUGUGUGUGUGCUGUUAGUGUUUGGUUGUUGUUCACUCUGGGGGCUCAGAGGGACCAGACGUGCAACCAGGUUUCUCUCCAAUCUCUCCAAUACAGGCUCUUAUAAGUUCAGAACAGUGAGUACUAGGCAGAUAAGGCGAGUUAGGCUUAUGUUUGUUUUCUUUAUUUGCAAAUGUGUAUUUGGUUGGAAAGAGUUCAAAUGUGUAUUUUGCUGAAAGGAUUUUGUUUUGUACUUGUAUACUUAGGCUGGGAGGGUAUUCCCAGUGUCUAUAGCUGAAAGACCCUGUAACAUAUUCCAUCUUAAAUUUACAAAGAUAAUUUUUACCUUUGUUCUUUCUUUAAUUAAAAGCUUUUCUUGUUUAAGAA